CAAGAACUAAUAAUGGCGUCUAGUUGCAAAAGCUUGAUUUUAUUGCAACUCUUUUCAAUUGUUCUAUUCUUCUCACAAACACAUCUUCUAGUCACAGCUGCCAAAGACUCUGGGCAAGCCAACACUAACUUCGUCAAAACCAAAUGCAAAAUCACCACAUACCCUUCACUCUGCCUCAAAACACUAAUUCCCUACGCGUCUUCUGUUAAUGCCAACUCCACAAAACUUUGCAAAGAAGCCCUUAACGUAGCCACAAAAGGUGCACGAGAUGCCUCUACCAUUGUCUUGAAUCUGAAAAAACAAAAGGGAAUUAAGCGAUACGAAGCCGCGGCUAUUAAGGACUGCAUAGAAGAUGUGAAGGAUGCAGUGUACGAACUGAAGCGAGCUGUUGAUGCAAUGGGACAUUUAGGUGAUAAAGAUAAGGCAUUUCAGUUGGCUAAUGCUAAAACGUAUGCAAGUGCUGCUAUAACAGACGCGGACUCGUGCACAGGUGGGUUAACUGACCAGGGUAAGGUAAAUCCAAAAGUGAUGGAUGCAAUAAAUAGAAGUAUGGCUGUUGUUAUUAAACUUAGCAGCAUUGCCUUGUCACUCAUUAACCAUAUUUAAUUUAUAUAUGAAUGAUGAAUAGUGAC